AUGACUCCAAACGGUUUGAAGCAUUUGUCCAAUGCCCUGGCAACCCCAGAUCAGCUCUCCAAUUCAUCGUCAUCGCUUGAUGGUGUCCCAGCCGACCUUGAAACCACCAUUCGAUGUGCAGGCGCUCAGCUCACACAAACUGCUGGCGUUCUCCUACAUUUGUCUCAAAACAUCAUCGCCCAAGCGAUCGUAAUCUUCACGCGAUUUUGGCUUGGCGCUGACGGAGGCAGUCUACGAAUCUACUCAGUCAAGGAUGUAUCCGCUGCAGCUCUCUACCUAACAGCCAAGCUCUCCUUCCAACCUACCUCCCCCCGCUCCGUACUUAACGUAUACACUUUCCUCCUAUCCAAGGAUGCCUCACCCUUGUGGUUCGUGAAACAGGGCGGCGCGCCUGAAACUCCUCCCUCGCCUGAGACGUACAUUUUGUCCGAAGGCGGUUACCAGACCGCGCGGCAGGUCCUCCUCCGCACCGAAACGGUUAUUCUGCGCACCCUCGGCUUCGAUACUCACGUUGCUUUACCUCAUACGAUUGCAUUGACAUAUCUGCAAACCAUGGGCGUGACGAAGCCAGCCGUCGCCCAACGUGUGGUGCAACAUCUCAAUGCCGCCUUACUCUCGCCGCAACUUCUCUAUCUCACCCACCAACCCAAUGCCCUGGCUGUGGGCGCCAUUUAUCUCGCCUCGCGUGAGGAGGGUGUCAAACUUGUCGACGGCGAUUGGUGGGAAGUCUUCGAUGUUGAUCGCGAAGAACUUGGCUUCUUGGUCGUGGGCAUGAGGAGCAUGGAAGGGUUUAUGCGAGCGGAACUCAAUUUGUGGAAGGACAAGUCUAUUCCGAUGGUUCCAGAUGAGGUGGAUGCCGAAAUUGAGCGCCGCCGAAUGAUGGAAAAUGGCGAGUGA